AUGGAUCGAGGUAGGCGAGAGGUGUUUCCACUGCUCCGCGAGGUGGAAGGAGUACUCACGAUAAGCUAUCUCAGACAGCAGCAGUGGGCCGAGCUUCGCACGUGGCUUCGAACAGCAGCGGACAAAUAUGAUGUAAUAGCCCUGCAGGAGACACACUGGCAGGAAACCACAGAAUUCGACGUGGAGGGCUGGCACUGCGUCAGCUCCGCCAACAAAGGACCUCCUCCACAUCGCAAGGCAGAGGACGACUUCUUCCAGCGGUUAGUCCAAGGACAUGGGUUGGCAGACCACGAGGUGUUGGUCAAAGACCUGGCGACUUGGCAUAAGCAGGCAGUAUCAUUGGCAAAGAAGCAAAGAGUAGCCGACUUCACAAAGGAGGUGGAUCACUCAGACGGAUACUUAGUGGCAGCCGAGGAGGAACUCCUGCUAAUGAAAGAUCAUGCUAAGGCGGUGUUCCAGAGGCAUGACAGGUUAGAUGUGCUGGUGAAUACACUGCCACAGCUGCAGGCUCCAGCAUUGGCCAAGCACAUAGGCUCCAUAAGGAGAGGGCUGUCGGAUGCCCUGUCCAGAGUCUCGCAACACAGUCAGCCAGAGCUAGUAGGAGGCAUUUGCUUUGCACUGGACCUCUCUCAAGCAUUCGACAUGGUGCGACGACAGGACCUCAUGGACACCCUGCAGGAGGCCAACGUCCCAAUCGCGGUGCAGAACUUAGUGGCGCCUUUGCACACAGACAGCCGCUACAAAGUCAGAUCACAGCAACGGACAUGUGAAGUAGAAUCGACUACAGGAAUAAAACAAGGAUGCAAGCUCGCCCCCACUCUCUUCUCGAUGCUCACAGGCAAGCUCUUUAAGGAACUAUCGACAGUUGUGGGCAAAGAAAGGAUGCAGCAAUCUCUCACAGGCUAUGCAGAUGACAUGACGAUCCAUCACAACAUCAGCAAUUGGGAAGACCUGCUAAAGGCUCACCACAUGAUAGCAGAGUUGCUCCGCAUUGUUCGUAAGUACGGCUUUAAGGUGAACCCAGAGAAGUGCCACUUGAUGGUAAAACUCGUAGGUACUGCCUCCUCCAGAGCACACAAACUCUUCAGCCGAGUCCACAAGGAUGCACAAGGCAACAAGCAUCGACUAUGGAGAAUAGGUAGCACGAAAGCCCAGGAGUCAUUCCCACAAUCUACCUCUUUUAAGUACCUGGGUGCGUACGUCUCCUACGGCAAUCAGGAAAAACUAAGCCUCACACAUCGCCUGCAAGAAGGCAACGCCAAACUUCAACAAGUUCGCAGAUAUGUUCACAACAGGAGACACUCGGGGCCAAAGAGCAGACUCAAGAUUUGGUUUUCCACAGUCUGGGCCACUGUCUCAGCAGGUCUCGUAGACAUAGGCCUUACAGCAGACACUGCUAAACAGCUGCGAGGAUGGUUUGCCAGAAAAAUUAGGGCAGUCCUGAACAGACCGGUCCAUCUCACAGGAACAUCAACAGAGCGCCUAUACGAGGAGUUCUCGCUCAAAGACCCCGUGCAGAUCCUGCGAGACAGGCAAGCGAACCGAGUCACAUCCCUACAAGGACGGAUUUGGCAGGCAGGGCAAUCCCAGUCUGCACUGCGGAAGGAAGCGACUGAGUCACUGACUCACGAUGACACGUCGUCCCCGGAUUCAGACGUGUCAUUAACAGCCCAGGCACUUCAGUACGCUGAAAUGGUGCUGCAUGAAUAUGAUGCACUGCUGACUGCGUCGCAUGCAACGGCAGAAGAACCGACUCACAAAUGCCGGUUAUGCUCCUUUAGCUCUAACUCAGAGCAAGGCCUAAAGAUUCACGAGGUCAAAAAGCAUCGAGAGCAGCUAGACAGAUAUGUACCCAAAUCAUUCCUACCAGAACACUCCAAAAACGGCCUCCCAACCUGUGCAGCGUGCUCUAAAGAAUUUGCACUGUGGAAAGGCCUAAAAGACCAUCUACUGUCAGGAGCCUGCCCCAAUCCAGACGCCCUGCGAGCACUGGACGCCCGAACCUUUGAACUCCAAACCCAACAAAGCGCAACAGAGGUGAUGCAUGCCUGGUCUAAGGCAUACCUAGAGAGCACGAAAGACACACAUACGGUCACUCAGCUCGCAAGGCAACAUGACUCCAGGCACUUCGUGCAACACUGCGUGAUCUGCGGUUUCUGGACUCCUGAUCAUACCAAGGUGAAGUCCCACAUUCACCAGGAGCACCGAAAGGCUUGGGACGCCCUGCACACUGACACGGCUGAGAAAUGCCGGAAACUCGGGGCCGAAAUAUUUAAGGGCAGUUCCUGCCCAUACUGCAGGAAGCCAGUCACUGACAGGCGCAAACACCCAGAACAAUGCGGCGUGCUUUUUCAGAUCAUCCUGGGCGAUUCUUUCCUCCAUCAACACAGAACAACGACAGGACCGAUCCAAGCCUUCUUCACCAAUGCAGCUUCACGCCCUAAAUCAGAGCAGAAACAACACCAGCAGCAGAGCACAACCCCGUCCACACCUAAGAAGCCAACAGGGCAGCUCCAAACCCCUCUCUCCUUCUCAUCUAACCGACCUGAAUCGUCACAACCAGUGAGCGGCCCUUCUUUCUCUCAUGCCCAUUCAAUGUCCUCAUCUUCCUCUCUCUCUCCCUCCUCCCCUCCUGCCGCUCUCUCAGCCCUUGCACGGCUCCAGCUGAAGAAUACCUCUAACUACUGCUAUAUUAAUGCCACAAUUUUAUCGCUGCUGUCGACCUCUAUUAUUGCUCCGAACCUGCGCUCCCUUCAAGCUCUUCACACCCUGCUGAAAGGCCCGGAAGGUACAGUAGGUCCCACCGCCCUCAAUGUAGUAAACUCAUUCCAGCUCAGGAAUUUGCUGCCAAGAUGGCGCUUCGACGGCACACAACAGGACUCGGCGGAGUUCCUACAGUGCUUACUCACAGCAGCCUCAGACAUCCCUCUCACACGCAGAUGGGCAACAGUAGACCCAGCAACGGGAAGGCUGGCUGAUGAGGGAGGCCCCAUUGUCAUGCUGCUACAACAUUCCACUAGCAGCACGCUGCAAUCCUUGAUAGAUGCCUGGUCAGUAGCCCCUCCUGACUCCGCACUGAUGGGGCAGCAGACGCAUGCCAUCCUUGCAGUAGCCCGAUUCACAGGGGCAGGUAAGAACCACCACCCAGUCACGGCUAUUAACGGCGAUCUCAUUAUCCCAGUGUUACAGGGCGGAGUCAUCAGCAGAGAGCAUGCUUUUGUUCAAUCUUGUAUUUUCCACAUAGGACCCUCCCCACACAGCGGCCACUACCGCACUAUAUGGAGGUCAUCGCCUACCUCACCCUGGCAGUCGACCGAUGACCAGCGCAGCUCUCAGCGAGCUACGGAAUCAGACCAACGGCAAGUCAGACACGGUUCCUAUCUCUUCUUUCUCACCUUUCGAGCGGAAGUGCCUGCAAUAGUAACGCUUUAG